CAGACGCUGCUCAGAUCCUGGACCUUGAGCCCUAGGAGCAGCAGGUGAACAGCUGUUGGCAUAAGUUCAGAAGCUACGCAGGUGUAGGGACACAGGCAUGGCCGAAGAGCUGUCUGAGGAGCAGGUGGCUGAGUUCAAGGUGGCCUUCUCCACGUUUGACAAGAACGGGGAUGGUACCAUAAACACACAGGAGCUGGGGACGGUGAUGGAGACCCUGGGCAUGAAGCUCUCAGAGGCCGAGCUGCAGGUGAUCAUCUCCCAGGUAGAUACAGACCACGAUGGUGCCAUCAGCUUCCAGGAGUUCCUGGCAGCGAUAACCAAGAGGACAAAGGCCUGGGGCAGCAGCGAGGAAGGCCUGCGGGCCGCCUUCCGCGUCUUUGACCUUGACGGUGACGGCCACAUCACCGUGGAUGAGCUCAAGCAGGCCAUGGCUGAGAUGGGGGAGCAGCUGCAGCAGGAGGAGCUGGAUGCCAUGAUCCGUGGGGCUGACACCGACCAGGACGGGCGCGUGAACUACGAGGAGUUCGUGCGCAUCAUCACCCAGAAGUGAGGCCCGCGUCCAAGCCCUGGUGCUUCCUGCAGGAUGCUGCCCCUGCGGCCCCUGCUUUAGUGGUGGGAAAGUCUGGGUUGGUGGAUGGGAAAUGACCUUGCCGGUGAGGGAGGCUUUGCUCGGCUGGGCCUGAUGCCGGCCACCACUGGGGCUGCUCUGAGCCCCCUGCAUCCACCGAGACCUGGGCAGCAGUCCCUCCCUUCUCUCCGCUGUGGACGGGGCGCCCCCUGCUCACAGGGCUGCUGUGGGGAUCCCUAAGUGCCCAGGAGAUGGUCUAAAUAAAAGGGGUGUGCAGUCCA